UCCAUUAAACCUUCGUCUUCUCCACGCAUUCCCCGCUAAUACCGCCUUCCAGGGGUGGAACCAACCAAUUCCUAAUGAGAAUAAUAAAACCAGCGUGACCAAACAGACUGAAAAAAGCUAAACUCCUUCAGGAGAAACCUAAUGAAACUGCUGUAUUAUUCUUUUUUACCCUCUCUCUCCGUUUCCCUCCAACUUGAAACAAGCUCGAAGCUCUCUCAGCAAUGGCGUCCAUUCUCACACAAAAACCGAAAAAGACCAAAUUAAAAGAGUUGAAAGCCCUAGGUCAGCAGCUCCUCUCAUCACGCGCUCACAUCAACAAUCUUCCACUCCUCCUCACCUUCAUAUCCCCAUUGUCGCCGCCUCAACACGUUCUAGAAUCGCUCCUCUCGCUACAGUCCUUCUUCACUGCGGUGCUCCCCGACCUCCCUCCCUCUUCAUCUUCAACAAAACGGCGCCGUCUCGAGGAUUCAGCCGAGGAGGAUCCUGAGUUUAUUUACAGGACGUGGCUGAGGUCAAAGUUCGAUGAGUUCGUUACAUUGUUGAUUGAAGUUUUGGUUUCACCGGACACCGAAGAAACUUUGAGAGAAAUUGUGUUGGAUUCGUUCAUGGAAUUCGUGAAGCUAGGGAAUGGGGGAAGGUUUUACUCCGCUAUUUACCACAAAUUACUGCACAGUAUUGUUCACUCACCAACAGCUGUUGAUACUUUAUCAGAGUUGCUUGCGUCAAAGUAUUUUAAGUAUAUUGAUGUCCGGUUUUUUACCUUCAUUAGCAUGGAAAAACUUGCUAAAACUUUGGACACAAAAGAUAUCCCUGAUGACAAAACUGCGGGUGAGGAUGGCGAUAGCGGGAGUCAGUCAAGAGACAGCAUGGAGAUUUCUAUUCACAAGAUACAUUAUAUUAUAUCUCACAUCCCCCCUCUGGAAGGCAUUGAUGGAAAAUCUGAGUAUGAGAUGUGGAGUGGAUCGGGAUUUUCAUCUAAAGAAGAACAAGAUCAAAAAGAAAUUUCUAAGCUUCAAAAAUCAGAAGAUAAACAGCUCAAGGCUGCUAAGCAAAACAGUGAUGUGUUGUCUCCAGCCACUAUUGCCAAGAAGAUGAAAUUGAAGUUUACCAAGGCAUGGAUUUCAUUUCUUAGACUGCCACUCCCUAUUGACAUAUACAAGGAGGUUCUCGCCACUCUUCAUCCGGCGGUCAUCCCUCAUUUGUCUAAUCCUAUCAUUUUAUGUGACUUUUUAACAAGAUCAUAUGAUAUUGGUGGUGUUGUUAGUGUCAUGGCUCUUAGCAGCCUUUUCAUUCUAAUGACACAACAUGGUCUAGAGUACCCGAACUUCUAUGAAAAGCUUUAUGCACUUUUGGCACCUUCUAUCUUCAUGGCAAAACAUAGAGCCAAAUUUUUUCAGCUUCUUGACUCUUGCCUGAAGUCACCACUUCUUCCAGCAUAUUUGGCUGCUGCUUUUGCUAAGAAAUUAAGCAGACUGGCAAUUUCUGUCCCUCCUUCUGGAGCAUUGGUUAUCAUAGCUUUGAUUCACAACCUUUUACGUAGACAUCCAUCAAUUAACUGUUUGGUGCACCAGGAAGAUGGUUUUGAAACUCAAGAGGAUAAUUCAAAAGGUGAGGAUAUAGUCAACAAGGCAGAAGAUUCUGGGUCAGGCACGGAUAUUUCUCGCAAUAGACCUGGUAUUGAUCAUUUCAACAAUGAGGAGAGCAACCCGAUAAAAUCUAAUGCCAUGAGGAGUUCACUUUGGGAAAUAGACAGCCUCCGUCACCAUUACUGCCCGCCUGUUUCAAGGUUCGUUUUGUCACUGGAGAAUGAUUUGACUGUAAGAUCCAAGACCACUGAAAUGGACAUCAAAGAUUUUAGUUCUGGUUCAUAUGCAACAAUAUUUGGAGACGAGAUUCGACGUCGGGUAAAGCAGGUUCCUUUGGCGUUUUACAAAGCAACUCCCACCUCUUUGUUCUCUGAGUCCGAAUUUUCUGGUUGGACGUUCAAAUAUGGAGCAAGCAAGGAAAAUGACACUGGAGGAGGGGAGCAGAGUAUGGACAAGUCAUCCAAAGAAAACGGUGUUUCUACAAAACGACAGCGGAUAGAAUGCUCAUGAUUCAUGAAUUUAUUUCCGUGAGGAAGAAUUAAUAAAUUAAUUGGAAAACAAAAAUGUUUGACAAAAGUUGGAGAAAAUUUUGACCGGUAAAUGCCGGUUUAUUACCCGGUAAAUGUAACUGACUCUUGCAAUAUUAGCUAUUUUGAAUGAGUCAUUCCAACGUCAGCCGCGUGUCCAUUUUCCUUUGUCGGACUAGCCCGGAAAGAACGAGAAGAUU